GGAACAUGUGCAGGUGGGAGUGCGACAAAGGAGCUGCUGUGGGUAUCGAACAUCGUUAUAAAGCAGCCAGGAGAGAAGUGGAUAAGCGAGACGAUGACUUGUUGCCAAAUGGAACACGUGAUGCUCGGGGCCUUGCUGUUAUUUGCUUGCUACCACGGCGUCAGAUCCGCCACGUGGUCAGCCGGAUCCGGCAUGGCAAGGAAAGCAGACGGCAAAAUUUUCACCACCAAACUUGCUCCUGUCCAGAGUGUACCGGAGUUUUCACCCGAGGCCAUGAUCACGGCACUGAAGGAAGCGAGAGACAUGGCCAAACUUUACAUCGACUCAUUGAUUGCAAGGGGCUUUCCGUUUCGCCAGGGGCUGGAUCUUCAAGUGUUUGAACAGUUUGUUGCCAACACCUUGUUCAACCGUAAGCUCCAGAUGUCGUUGUGACAUUGCACGUGCUGGGAGGGAAAACUGGAGAUAGUGUCUUAGAGCAAAGGAGGGGAUCAAGGGGACAAGUUUUUUUUAUUUAAAACUAUUUCAUACAAUCGCUCCUAAAUGAACAAGGAGCAAGAUUGCAAGCUCUCAGAGCAUCAUCUUGGUUUUGUAAAUGUUCACGUCCAGCUCACCCUCCUACUGACACCCGAUACCCAAUGCCAGUGUACAGACACAGAAUGUCUGCAAGUCUUUUACACCAAGAUGUAGGUUCAGGCACUGUAUUAGGCUGCGUUUACUCGAACAUGCGAGCCAAAUCCACAUUAAAAUUUCAGAUCGGCAAUUGGAUCUUAGAAUCUGGGGUAUUUAGUAAAUAUCUACAUAAUUCGUGUGCUUGUAAUCGCAUCUUUCAAUGGUAAUACCAUAGAGUGCAAAUAAAAGACUGUAUUCACAUAGGAUUUUCACAUGUGGUGAAAAUCUUGGCCAGCAUUAGCUCCUCAAGUGCAGGGAAUUUUUGACAAGCAAAAUUCAGAUAUGUUCACAUUGUCAUCGGUUUCAUGUAUGCAAAUAUUGUAUCAUAGUGGAUUAGAGCUAAAUGCAUUUUAGCCAACAAAUUAUUUAUGUGGUAAAGGUUCCUCUCAGGUUUCUACCACUCAUUAAAUCAUGCUUCAAUAUUUUGCUUGUGUUGGAUGUGUACAUUGUAUUAAUGUAGCAGUCUGCUUACUCUUCCUGUUGUGAACGACAACAUUUUGUUGCAUCUGUUACAGCAAUUUUAUGUUUUGCAUGCAUUUGAUAAAUUUUCAGUAACACUCUUCUACAUGUUGAAUAGUCUGGAAGAAUAUAUUUCCAUGUUAAGCUUGUUUCUAGUUUACCUCCCCUAAUCAUUUAGCAGUAAAUGUUUAUGACUUUAUGCAGUAGUUUAUAACCCUGAGUGUGUGUACAAGUGUGCAUAAAUAAUUAAGUGAACAUGCA